AUGUCUGUUUCAACACCAGUGUCGUGGCUUAAGCGAGAUGUCUUGCUCUUCGCACUUAGUAUUGGUUGUAAAGUCGACGAGUUACAAUUUCUAUAUGAACUACACCCUGAAUUCCAGGUUUUUCCAACGUAUCCAGUGAUCUUAUGUGUGUAUCCUCAAUUCAAACAGCCAAGAAUGUUUCUGCAAUACUCUUGCCUUCAAGAAGUCAUACCCUAUUCGACAACACUUCCGCAUCCACCAAUCCCAACACUCACACCUCCACCUCCAGCUCUCGAUCCUUCAAAAGUUGUAGAUGGCUUGAGACAUCUUACUGUUCACCAUCCUCUACCAACAAGUACUGUAGGUCGUAACUUCCGUAUGCGAAAGAGUAUAGUUGGCGUCUAUGAUAAAGGCUCCGGGACUGUCGUACACUCUUUGCACCAAUUGGUAGAUGAAGAUGUUGGGAGAUGUUACUCCGAGGUACACGCCCAUAGCUUCUAUGUCGGGCAAGGGGGUUGGGGAGGUCUGAGAGGACCAAAAGUGGAAGAUGUUGUGAUGCCUUCGAGGGAAGCAGACAUUGUAGCCUACGAGAGAAGUAAUACGGAGAGCAGUCUGUUGUACCGUCUGAAUGGCGAUUAUAACCCUCUUCAUGCAACUCCUGAACCAGGAACGGCUAUGGGGUUUCCAGGCGUCAUCAUGCACGGCCUCGUCGCGUGGAAUAUGUGCGCUCAUGCUGUGAUCCGAAGCUUUGGAGAGAGUAGAGGAUGUUGCUUGGUUGAGUUUGAAGCAAGAUUUGCGGCACCUGUACUUCCAGGAGAUCACUUGUGUAUUCAGAUGUGGGUAGAGGACGAUCCUCAACGCGCUGAGCGAAUCGAAGUGAGAUUUUUGUGUAAAGUUGGCGAAAGGGUUGUGUUGAAGGCAGGACGAGCAUUGCUUAAGCGAAGAAUUUAA